AUGGGUGACAUAACAGUUCAUACCUCGUCAAUCCCAACAGUAGACACCAGCCUCUACAGCCUGUCUCCCGAACAAGCUGCAUUCUUCAAGAGCCAAGUCGGUAUCGAUAAUGAUGAAGAUUUGAGAAAGCAUAUCCUGGAAGUUCAGGCGAAAGCACACAAGAUUGCGCCAUAUCCUUGUAUUCAUGCAUUUACCUUCCUGCGGUUAAACAUGUCAAGUUUGCCUGGGUAUGAACACAUCCUCAAGCUUGGUCGCGAGCGCAACAAUGCUGUGUUACUUGACAUUGGUUGUUGCUUCGGCGUUGACGCCAGAAAGGCUGCGGCGGACGGUUUUCCUGCGAAAAACAUCAUUGCGUCGGAUAUCAACAACCAUUUCCUCGAGCUAAGCCACGAACUUUUCAAAACGACACCAGCUUCCUACCCCGGAUGUCUCCUUCCCGGAGAUGUAUUCGAUCCAGAAUUUCUCUCCAUUGUGGCGCCGUCAGACGACAUCUCUCCAGUGCCAGACAUUGAUCUGUCCUCGCUCAAAUCCCUCAACACGCUUCAUGGCCGCAUUAGCGCGAUAAAUGCUGCUGCGUUCUUCCACCUCUUCAACGAGGAGAACCAAUUGCACCUUGCCAGGGCUCUCGCAGGACUUUUAUCUGCGCAACCAGGCUCCGUUAUUUGCGGUGGUCAGACCGGAGCUCUCGAAAAAGGCGUUGUAACUGCCAAUAUAGGGGGCUCCGUGCAUCGGUUGUUUUGUCAUUCUCCCCAGACAUGGACAUCUUUGUGGGAUGGAGAGGUGUUCGAGAAGGGCACUGUUAGGGUAGAAACGGAGCUGGUGAAAAUUCCGAUUUACGAUAGGGAAUACUUGAUAAUGAGUUGGUCGGUGACGAGACUGUAG